UUUUAACACUGCCAUGGAAGCCUGAAGACAUACCUCACAUUGUUGCAGAGGAAGGAAGGACACGUCCUUGUUAGAAGGGCAUUAUUUAUUCUGAUGGGGGGGAGUGGGGGCUCAAGACGUGUGACGUCAGAAAUGAACACCUGGAUUGAUUCAUUACACUGUUGAAUCGACACGAAUCCAUAUUUCUUUCAUCAUUUUGUGUUUUGCAUGGUUUAUACCUUUUUAAAUGGACUUCGCUUCGACCUCAAAAAGACAACAAUAAUGGAGAUUGCAGAACUAAAGCCAUGUUCAGCACACCAGGAUCGGCCCACUCACUUCUGCUCUGGGGUUUACUUUUAGCAUGUAGGAGGAAGAGCGCAGUGCAUGAAUAAAUAAAUGAAAAAGCUAAAGCAGAGAGAGAGAGGAGACUCUUUAUGUAAAUCAGGCCUGACAUUGCCCUUGUGACAAUGAAAGCCAUCCCUUCUCUCCCUCUCUCUGUCUCUAACGCACGCAUAUGCCUCAUUCGCCAUUUCUUCCCCAUUCAUAAAAAUCUUGGUAUCGCGCCUGCGCAAUGUUAUUCUGAGUCCUCCCCAUUCAUAAAAAUGUAACCUCCGCAUUUCGGCCCUCCCAUUCACAAAAAAGAGAGGAAAAAAAGAAGCGCAGGCAUCUGCGCAGUGCCGUCCCUUUCCUUCCCUUUACCCUCCCAUUCAUAAAAACCUCACUUCCCUCCCCCUCGGUGGUUGCAACAUCAUACCCAAAGCUCUGCGUCCACAACUGCAGUCGCAUUUUACGCACCAGCGAGUGGAGCUCAGUGCUGGAGGUUUGCUCUCCUGUCGCCUACACCUUCCUGUGUAAAUUAUUUCCCCCCGCAACGUUUAUUCGGACUAAUUUUUUUCCCCUCUACACUGCUGGAGCUACUCACUCCUGCGCGCUGACUGGACUAUAACCUGCGCUCAAACGUGGUGCGCAACGAAGAGAAUGAGAAUUUUAUCCUGAAACCACAUACACCUAAAUGCUGCUUUAAAGUGUCGACGUGCGAGGCACCAGCCUACACAUGGAGUCCAGGGUUCCCCACCACAUCCCCGGAGUGUCCUCCUCCCUCAUAUCCCAGCCCUUGUUGGACAGCCGAGUACCUUAUGGGCGUCUGCAGCACCCCCUUACCAUCUACCCCAUCGACCAGAUUAAGUCCUCACACGUGGCCAACGACUACAUCGACAGCCCCACUGUCGUCUCGCAGCAGCCCCCGAGCCAGAAGGCUGCAAACCGCAGAAUUACAUGGCUGGGCCAGAACCAAGAGGGUUUCCUGGGGGCGAACAACAACCAUCAUCACAAUCACCAACACCAGCACCACCAGCAGGGCAGGUGUGAUCCUCACCCACAACAGGACACCACCACCCACCCUUGGAUUUCGUUCAGUGGGAGGCCCAGCUCCAUCAGCAGCAGCAGCAGUACGUCCUCUGACCAGAGACUGCUGGACCAUGCUGCACCCACUCCAACUGUGGACCAUCAUCUAAACCUGCACCCCCACCAGGGGCCCCUGAACACAAUCAGUGCCCGAAGUCCAGCCAGCUUGACUUCCUCUGAAACUAAAGUCCUCACCUCCUCCUCCUCCGCUUCCUCCUGCUCCUCCUUCAAAUCGAUGGACCUAAAGGCUGCAAAGAUGUCAGCAGGAGGCGUGUGCCCCACCGGUGGCCAGCAAAGGGUGGCGGUGAUCCCUUCCUCCCCGGCCGAGAAGAAGCACCUCCUUCUCUGUGAGCACUGCGGAAAGUGCCGCUGCACAGAGUGUACGCUUCCCAGAACCCUGCCCUCCUGCUGGGUGUGUAACCAGGAGUGCCUGUGCUCUGCCCAGAACCUGGUGGAUGCAGCCACCUGCAUGUGCCUGGUCAAAGGCAUCUUCUACCACUGUACUGAGGAUGAGGAUGAUGAGGGCUCCUGUGCCGACAAGCCCUGCUCAUGCUCCCAGGCUAACUGCUGCGCACGCUGGUCCUUCAUGGCCGCUCUUUCUCUCGUUCUGCCAUGUCUGGUCUGCUAUCUCCCAGCCACGGGCAUGGCCAAACUCGGACAGAAGUGUUAUGAUAACGUUAGCAGGCCCGGCUGCCGCUGCAGGAACUUGCAGGGUGGCAUAAGUGUCCCUGUGUGUAAAAAUACAGGUGCAGAGUCCAAAGUGGGGACACAAGAGAAGAAGCAGCAGCAGCAGCAGCAGCCGCAGCAGCCGCAGCAGCAGCAGGGGGCAUGAUACUGGACCAAAC